AUGUCAGGUAACAAAGCUAACGAAAGAAUCGAAACCGAUGCGUUCGGAGAAAUCUCCGUUCCAAACGAUAGGUAUUGGGGUGCCCAAAGUCAAAGAUCGUUAGGUAAUUUUGAUAUCGGUGAUGUUAAAAUGCCAGAAUCCAUUGUUAAAUCAUUUGGUGUUUUAAAGAAGGCUGCUGCAAUUGUUAAUGAAGAAAUCGGUGCGUUAGACCCUCUGUUAGCUAAGGCCAUCAAAGAGGCUGCAACUGAAGUUGCGGAAGGUAAAUUGACGGAACAUUUCCCAUUAGUAGUUUACCAGACAGGAUCCGGCACUCAAUCGAACAUGAAUGCCAAUGAGGUUAUUUCAAAUAGAGCAAUCGAGAUUUUGGGCGGUGAAAUGGGUUCAAAGUCUCCUGUUCAUCCAAAUGAUCAUUGUAAUAUGUCCCAAUCUUCAAACGAUACUUUUCCAACAGUUAUGCAUAUUGCAGCCGUUACUGAGAUCAGCAACAAGUUAAUUCCUUCUUUAAAACAGCUUCGUGAUGCAUUUGAUGCCAAGGCAAAAGAAUUCGAAAAGAUCAUUAAAAUCGGUAGAACUCAUUUGCAAGAUGCUACACCAUUAACUUUGGGUCAAGAAUUCUCAGGUUACGUUCAACAAUUAAGUUUUGGUAUUGAACGUAUUCAACAAACCCUUCCAAGAUUAUCAUACUUAGCUCAAGGUGGUACUGCUGUUGGUACUGGUUUGAAUACUUCAAAGGGUUUUGAUGUUAAGGUUGCGAAAGAAGUUUCUAAUCUUACUGGGUUGAAAUUCCAAACUGCUCCAAACAAAUUCGAAGCUUUAGCUGCACAUGACGCCUUUGUUGAAGCUUCAGGUGCCUUAAAUACAUUAGCUGUAUCUCUUUUCAAGAUUGCUAAUGAUAUUAGAUACUUAGGGUCUGGUCCAAGAUGUGGAUACGGCGAAUUAUCCUUACCAGAAAAUGAACCAGGUUCCUCUAUCAUGCCAGGUAAGGUUAACCCUACCCAAUGUGAAGCUAUGACUAUGGUUUGUGCGCAAGUUAUGGGUAACCAUACUACUAUCACUUUUUCAGGUGCAUCUGGUCAAUUUGAAUUGAAUGUUUUCAAGCCUGUCAUGGCUAGCAACUUAUUAUCUUCGAUUAGAUUAAUUGGUGAUGCGUGUAGGUCAUUCAGAGUCCACUGUGUUGAAGGUAUUGUUGCCAACGAGGAAAAAAUUUCAAAGGUCUUAAAUGAAUCCUUAAUGUUGGUUACAGCCUUGAACCCAAAGAUUGGUUACGACAAUGCUUCCAAGGUCGCCAAAAAUGCCCACAAAAAAGGACUCACCUUAAAGCAAUCCUGCUUAGAUUUAAACAUGUUGUCCGAAGAAGAGUUCGACCAAUGGGUCAGACCAGAAAAUAUGCUUGGUCCAAAAUAA